GUAAAAUUGAAAAUCAUAUUUGUUCGUCUCUCCUCCCAAUCCAAUAUAUUUUUAUUCCCACAACAUAACAUUUUGGAAAUGGUAACUUUGCAAAUCCUAAAAAUUUAAUCAUUUUCCUAUAUUCCGCAAUAAGAUAAGAUUUGAUAUGUUUUUGUGAAUAUCCAUGUAUCAGUUAUUUAAAAUUUAAUAAUCAAAUGAAUUGUUAGUUGUUUUGUAAAAAGAGAUGGGGAGACGAGGGCAGGGCGAUGAAGGCGGAUGUAACGAAUUUGAUAAACCGAUCACGUCCGGAUGCAAAAGCCAAAGGAAAUCAAGGAACACCACUAAUAUCCCAUUUGCUGGUAUAUAACGCUAAAGCCAAACGCCAUUCUUUUUUCCAUUUCAUUCCCCCAUUUUUGAUUUUUCUCUCUCGCUCGCUCUCUACUUCCCACUUCUCCACCUCCCAAACAACCAACAAAUGGCGGAGCAGCUCACCGAUGAUCAGAUCUCUGAGUUCAAGGAAGCCUUCAGCCUAUUUGACAAGGAUGGCGACGGUUGCAUCACCACAAAGGAGCUCGGAACUGUGAUGAGAUCCCUAGGGCAGAAUCCGACGGAGGCUGAACUCCAGGACAUGAUAAACGAAGUUGAUGCUGACGGAAACGGAACAAUCGAUUUCCCGGAGUUUCUAAAUCUGAUGGCGAGGAAGAUGAAGGACACAGAUUCCGAGGAAGAACUGAAGGAGGCGUUCAGAGUUUUUGACAAGGAUCAGAACGGCUUCAUUUCUGCUGCGGAGCUGCGUCAUGUGAUGACGAAUCUUGGGGAAAAGCUUACUGAUGAAGAAGUCGAUGAGAUGAUCAGGGAAGCUGAUGUUGAUGGUGAUGGCCAAAUCAACUACGAGGAGUUCGUUAAGGUUAUGAUGGCCAAGUAAUAACCCUAUAACCCUAUAUCUCUUUUCUUAAAAUUAGUAUUGUUUUUAAGGGCAAAAAGGGUUUGAAAAAAACGUUAAAACCUCAAGAGGAUGAUGACGAUGAUGAUGAUGAUUGAAUAUUGAUGAUGAUGAUAAUGUUUAUUCUACUGGAGGCCAUGAUGUUUAAUUAUGAUGUAUGUAUUGUUGACAAUUAUAUUCACAUCUCCUUUCCACU